AUGGGGGAGGAUUGCGUCCCGGUGGUGGAUUUUCAGCAACUUUGUGCGCAAGGGGAGUGCAACAAACUAAGAGAGGCAUGUGAGAAAUGUGGAUGUUUCAGAAUCAUCAAUCACCCUAUUUCAAUAACACUCAUGGCGGAUAUGAAGUCCGUGGCUAAAUAUCUACAUGACCUUCCUAAAGAGAUCAAAAAACGCAACAAAGCCAUCAUCCCUGACAGUGGCUACGUGCCAUCAAGUGUAACAAGUCCUCUAUAUGAGGGCUUGGGAAUAUAUGACAUGUAUUCAACACCACAAGCAGUUCACAAUUUCUGCUCUCAGUUGGAUGUCCCAUCCCACCACAGAAACAUAAUACAGACAUAUGGCCAGGCAAUUCAUGACUUGGUAUCAAUUAUAUCACAAAAGAUGGCCGAGUCUAUGGACGUGGUGGGUGCUGAUUUUAAAGAUUGGCCAUUCAUUUUUAGGAUUAUCAAAUAUAACUUCACCCUAGAAACUGUAGGUGAAGUAGGUGUACAACUACACUCGGAUACAGGAUUCAUGACUCUGCUUCAAGAUGAUGAACAUGUUGGUGGUCUUGAGAUUAUGGAUGACUCUGGCUCAUUUGUGGCAGUCCCUCCCAAAUCAGGGUCUUUCCUUUGCAUUAUUGGAGAUGUUGCACAAGUAUGGAGCAAUGGAAGAUUUCGCAAUGUGAAGCAUCGUGUACUAUGUAAGGAAACAACUACUCGUUAUUCAUUUGGUGCAUUUAUGUUAGCAUCAAGGGAUGGUAAUGUUGAGGCCCCAAAAGAGUUGGUAGACCCUAAUCAUGCACGCCUCUAUCGCCCAUUCAAAUAUGAAGAGUUAAGGGAAUUCAGAAUCACCACAGGGAAGAGAGCUGGUGAGGUCCUUGAGCAAUUCCGCAUUAGCUAG